CCAUGUCUUUUUGAACAUUCCCCUUACUUCCAAAAACCUAUCCCUCGUUUGCUCAACUCACGGGGAAGGGAAAACCCCAUUUUUAUUUUUUUCGAUUUGCCAAAUUAUGGAUUCAACCGCCACGUCCACGACGAUUGACGUCUCCGCAUACGACCAACAGCUCCAAUGCCCGCUGUUCGGGACCUUGCCGGGCGAGAUCCGCAACGAGAUCUUUGCGCUUGCGCUGGUGCAGUAUGAAGAGGAGGGGGAAUCGGCGUACGCGAAGGACUCGUACUGGUAUCGGCCUGGUUUCACGGGUCCGAGGAAGAGUAGUAGUAGUUUGCUGAGGGCGUGUAAGUUGGCGUAUGCGGAGGGGCAAAAGGUGUUUUUGAGGGAGUUGGAGUGGGCCUUUUGGUUUGACCGCGGCCCAAAAGGAAGAACAAGAAACGCAGCCUGCACGGGAUUCUUCUCCUCCCUGACGGAGCAGCAAUCGCGCGACUUGACUAGAGUCCGCUUCUUUACGCAAAUGUACUGGCUCGAGGGCGGGCGGAACUUGGCGACGCUCUUUGCGCAGCCUAGAUUCGCACCCGAGGUGUUGACGAUUACGGUGCGGUAUUCGGAUUGGUGGUACUGGGAGAGCGACGAGCCGUUGCGGAUGUCGGAGGAUUGGUUGCGGGGGUUUAGGGGGCCUAGGGGACUGAGGGAGUUGAGGGUUGAGUAUGAGACGCUUGUGGGGAAGAGGGAGGAGAUGAUGGGGAUUGUGGGGAGGAAUAAGGGGUGGAAGUUGGUUGUUGAGAAGAAGGAAGAGGAAGAGGAAGAGGAAGAGGAAGGGUAUCUGAGUGCCGAGGGGACGGAGCUGGUGGAGUGGACGUGGAAGGGGCCUAGUAAACUCGGUGGACAGGAGUGGGCUCAUCACGGGGAGGGGGAGACGGUUGAGUAUGUCGUUGUUAUGGAUACGUGGAGGUUUGUGGAGGGGAGGAUGAGCGAGGAGGAUCGGGCGAGGAGGGUGGAGAGCCAGCCUUUGUCUGAUUCUUAUGGGCAUUUCUGGCAUUUUGAUGAUUCGGAUAGGAGCUCGGAGUCUUGGAGUGAGGACGAGGAUGAGGAGGGUGAUGAUGAGGAUGAGGAGGGUGGCGAUGAGAAUAGUGAUGAGGACGGUGAUCAGAAUGGCGAGGAUGAGAAAGGGUACGAUCAUGAUGUGGUUGGAGCUGGAGAGGAUGGCUCGCCGGUUGGAGGCUCUGAGUUGGAUUUAUCUGCCGGAACUGUUUUUCAAGAUGUGUGGUCGAAGAUGCAAGGAUGAUCGUAUGGCAAACAUACAAGCUCAUGCAUGGACAUGAUUUGAUAUUUCUUUUCUGGAUGGGGCUUUACUAUCUUGGACGAUGGUGACUGUCGAAGAUGUUGAAUAUGGAAAAGAGUUUGUGGGCUGGAAUGGGCAAUGCUACGACCAACCCUCAAUUAAGUAUCUUGUCCAACUGUCAUUUACCUUGAGGGAAACGAUCAGCUGUUCCCUAGGUAGUUUCUUGAAUAUACUCGAAUCGUUUCAAG